AUGCUGAUCUUGGUCUACUGGUUUGGGUGGAUCAUGUGGCUCUCCCAUUUGCUCCAGCCCUGUGAUGUUCCCUUGGAGUCAUGGCUGGGAGUCUACCUGUGCUAUCUGACCUUCAUGUACAUGUGCAGACCAGUCCUUUUUCAGGUCUCUGAGGAACGACCGUGGAAGAGUACGUUGGAACGGCUGAACCCCGUUGUUGCUGUGCUGUGGCUACUCUAUGGCCGCAGCCUCUUGCUGAAGUCAAAGACGUGUGCCGAGACCAGCCCCUCGAUGGUGGUCUUCCUUCGCUGGUUCUCGGUUUUAGCACUACUUCUGCAUGGCCUGCAUUGUGCAUUGCUAUGCGCCAACAGUUUAGGUGUCCGGCUGCUGUUGCUUCUGGCACGUCACGGCUGGUUGCCCUUCGUGGCCGAACGAGGUGGUCGACUGUUUUCAGGGGCGCCUGAGGCUGUUGAGGCCAUGGAAAUCCUGGAGUAUGAUCCCAAAGUCUUUGCGGAUCCGACUGACCCACUGGACUCAAGGCCACAAGAUGAAUGCUGCAUCUGCCUGGAGUCCUACAGCGGAGAACCUUCCAAGAUGAUCCGAAAAACGCCCUGCGGACAUUUGAUGCACCAUGAGUGCCUUAAGACCUGGCUGGAAGCCUCCAGGACCUGUCCUUUCUGUCGUCGGAACCUGGCGGAGCGCCACGAGCGAAACGGCGGCCACAGCCACGGCGAUGCCCAUGUUCCUGGAAGUUGGACGCCGGUGCAGUACCUCUGGAAGUCCCGGGUUCCGUUGAUUGCCGUUCCAGUCCUCAUCGGUUUGCAGAACUGGCACGCUGAACAUCCCAGCGACACUGAUGCGCUGGGCACGUUGGGCGCCGAGGACACGCAGAACAUUCUCGUCGAGGUGCUGUUGCUGUUAGGCUUGGCACUUGGAACAGGCUACCUGCGUCUACCAUUUUCCAUCACGUGGUGGCUGGUUCUGCUGGCGGCCUAUGCCAUUCAAACCAGGUUCCUCUUGGGCGUGGCCACCGUUCUAUCGCUCUCGGUGCUUUUGACUUGGUAUGGUCUGCGGUUUCAACACGCUGCGGCCAUUUCGGCCUUGUGGGCAGGAGCCCCGAUGACCAGCCGCUGGUGCCGGGUAGCGUGGCAACUCUGGGAUCUGUGCGUCCAUCUGUGGCCGGCAGUGAUGAUGAUCUACAGCCAUGGGCCCAGCCUAGGCGCUGCUGCUGGGGGGUUUUUGGUCGGUCAGCCAUAA